AUUCAGUUGCCCACUGUACUCUCAUUUAGAUUCCCGGCUAGAAAAUUACUUUUAAAUCUUUGUUACAAAUGGAAAAUAGAGAAGAUGAUGAGAUUAAAUUACCAGAUGAUACGCUACAAAUUCUUAAUGAGUUCUUAAUAGAACAAGCAAAGAAGGAGAAAGAAGACUUAUUUACAGAAAAUUGGAAUUUAUCUCAAUUUUGGUAUUCAGAUGAAACUCAAAAAACAUUUGGACGAAUUUUGAAACAGCUUACGCGAAAGUAUGAAGAUGGAAUGACGAUAGCACUUCUCUCAUGUCCAAGUCUUUAUCAAACAAUACGAAGCAUAAAUGAUCAUGUAAAAAUAUUCGAGUUUGAUAAGAAAUUCGAGUCAUUUGGAGAAGACUUUCAGUUUUAUGACUACAAUAAAGCAGAUGAAGAUAAUUAUCUUAAUGAGUACACAAAAUCAUUCAACUUAAUUAUCGUAGAUCCGCCUUUUUUAUCAGAAGAAUGUCUACAGAAAACAUCUGUCAUAAUUAAACGAUUAAUUAAAGAAGACGGUCUUGUGAUAUUAAAUACUGGAAGCAUCCAACCAUUGUCAGUGAAGGAAGAUCUCGGACCUGGUGCACACGCUUUUUCUAGAAAGCAUCCAUUAGCAUGUUGGUUAAGCACAAUGCUUGUUGUAUUCGCCGGUGGAAUGGUCGCGUCUGCACUUUUAGGAGAACCAAUCCUUGGACCUCUUAAAAAUACGCCACAACUUCUUGUUGCUACAAUUUGCUGGUAUAUCGUCUUCUACACACCUUUUGACAUCGGAUAUAAAGUCAGCAAGUUUUUACCUGUAAAACUUGUCGCAAGUGCCAUGAAAGAAAUUUACAGAGCAAAGAAAAUUCACGACGGAGUUGUUCAUGCUGCUAAACUUUAUCCUAAUGCAUACAUCAUAAUGAUCAUUAUCGGAACAUUAAAAGGAAAUGGAGCAGGAUUUACUAAACUUCUUGAACGAUUGAUUCGAGGUGCUUGGACACCAACUGCAAUGGAAUUCAUGCAGCCAAGCUUCUACACAAAGGCUUCAGUUGUUGCUUCAAUCAUUUUCGUUCUUGACAAGAAGUCUGACUUAAUAUCAGCACCACAUGCUUUAGUUUACUUCGGAAUUGUCAUUUUCUUAGUUUACUUUAAAUUGUCAUCACUUCUUCUUGGAAUUCAUGAUCCAUUCGGACCAUUCGAAAAUCUUUUCUGUGCACUCGCGUUUGGUGGCAUUUGGGAUAGUGUCGCUAAGCUUUUCGGACGCGGACAAGUAAAAGAAGAAAAUAAAGAUGCGAAGAAAUCAAACUAAGAUUUCAUCAUCAACACUUUGAUUAGCAUAAAAAAGUGCAACAUAAUUAAGGAAUUUUUUUUACAACUCGACCAAAAAAUUUUAAUCAUAAAAAUGUUUUUUGUUUUGUGAACCAAAUGUAGUGAAAAUUAGACGAAAUCAUGAUAGAUGAAAGUAUUGGAAUUCACAAUACAAACAUAAGCUAGUCAAAGCUAAAGGAAAUUACUAGCAAAAUUUAAGACUUUUGGACUUUGUGACAUUUUCCUGAAAAUCGGGUUUUUUAUUGAAACUUUUGUGUGUAGCUUAAAUGUGGGUCUGACAUUUGUUUCCUGUACCAAGUUUAAUAAAUAAGUUGAUUUUCAUGAAGAACUUUGUUUUCUUUUACUCAUAGAUGAAGAUUUUUAAUUAUUUAUUCUUUUUCCAGCAUUUAAUUUUGUUACCCAUUCUUCCAGCUGUUUCAACUUUCUUUUAAUUUCCAUCAAUUCCCAUUCCAAAUGUUUAUCUUUUUCAUCCAUUAAUUGAUAAACUUUUCUCCGAAGUUCAACGCCGUUUAUAAUUUCAGCUUCUGUCAUCUCAAAUGUUGGUGCACAAUUCUUGGCUAAUUGUGAUAUUAAAGUUUCCACUUUAGCUCGGUUCUUAUCGUAACCCAAAUUGAUACAAGUGGUUCCUUCGAAGCGUAAACUUUUCAGAUCGGAAAGAUUGUCGAAAACACUGUAAGCCACGUGUUUCACUGGAUUGUUGAGAAAGCUUAUAGCAUGCAGUUGUGGAUUAUUUUCAAACAAAUUCUUCUCAACAAACUGAAUGUUGUUAUUAUUCAGAUGAAGUUGCUUUAAGUUUGGCAAAUUUUCCAAGUCUUCUCGUCUAAUU